AGCGGAGGCGUCCAGAUCGUGAACAACAUGAACGAGACCGUCUACCUCUGGUCCACCUCCAACGGCGGCAGCGAAAUGCAAACCCUCGAAGCCGGCGGAAACGGCUACUGGGAGUCCUUUGAGACCAACUCCGACGGCAGCGGCAUUUCGAUCAAGAUGGCCACCACCGCGAGCGAGGCCAGCGUAUUGCAAUUCGAGUACACCAAGGACAGCUCCAUCGUCUUCUGGGAUCUGUCCUGCAUUGAUCUGGACGUGGACUCGCUUUUUGUCGCGUCCGGAUUCUCGGUUACCACGAGUGACUCGACCUGCUCUACUGCGUCUUGCGCGGCUGGUGACAGCGACUGCUCGGAUGCGUACCAGGAGGCAAAUGACGAGGAUACUUAUAGCUGCUCGUCUUCUGCUACUUUCACUCUUACCCUUGGCUAG